AUGUCCAAGUCGAACGGAAUUCGACCCAUAGACCAGGCAUCGGUACACCGAAUCACCUCAGGACAGGUUGUUAUCGACCUUCAGACCGCGGUCAAGGAAUUAGUGGAAAACAGUAUCGAUGCAGGUGCCACGAACAUAGAGGUUCGGUUUAAGCAAUAUGGAUUGACUAGCGUCGAAGUCAUAGACAACGGGUCUGGGAUCGAUGAAAAGGACUUCGACAGCAUAGUUCACGUAGCCUUGAAGCACCAUACAUCAAAGCUGGAAGUGUAUGAAGACCUGAAUACGGUUCAAACGUUCGGUUUCCGCGGAGAAGCACUGUCGUCUCUUUGCGCUCUUUGCGAGUCGAUAAAUGUAACGACUUCUACGGAAGAUACUGCACCGAAGGGUACCAGCUUAGAAUUGGAUUUCUCUGGACAAGUCAAAGCACGACAAGUGGUUGCAAGGAAGCGAGGCACUACAGUGACCGUAUCCAAGUUAUUCACCCCUCUACCCGUCCGUCGCAAAGAAUUCGAACGGAAGGCCAAACGCGAGUUCGACAAAGCCCUUUCAUUGCUGUAUGCCUAUGCCCUGGGGCCAUGCGCAGCGAGCCCCGGUGUUCGUAUGUCAGUCACGAAUCACACUGAGAAAGGCCAGAAAUCUGUUCAGCUGCAAACACAAGGCACGCCUUCUCUCAGAGCGUCUGUCACAGCUUUGUGGGGUCCCAAGGCCAUGGAAAACCUCGUCGAAUUGGAUGUAUCUUUCUCUAUAGAAACGGAGAAAUCAGUCCUGAAACGUCUGAAAGCGUUCAAGCAGAGCGCAUCGGACUCGAUUGACAUCCAUGUUAAAGGUCUCACUUCGAAGUUCGCAGUGGGAUGUGGGCGACUCAAUACAGACCGCCAGUUCUUCUAUAUCAAUGGAAGGCCAUGCAAUCUUCCCAAGGUCCAAAAAGCUUUCAACGAAGUGUAUCGAACCUUCAACGCGAAUCAGGCCCCGUUUUUGGUCGCCGAUUUCAUUAUCCCUACUGGUUUGUUGUCAUCACUUGUUACCCCUCUCCCAUCCAACCCAUCCUUUGCAGACUCGUGUGAUGUCAACGUCAGCCCCGAUAAGAGGACAAUUCUCGUUCACAACGAGGAUAGUUUGAUCACAGCUCUAAAGGAAGCUCUAGAAGAUCAUUUCUCUUCUUCGCGGGCCACAUUCGAUCUUGGCCAAUCCCAAGGAAGGUUAACACAAACCACACUUGCAUCAUCGCAUACGCAGACAGUUGCGCCCCGCCCUACGCCCGCACCGUCCAGCCCUUGCCCUUCGACGGUGGCCGCCCUUGAUGUGCCUGUGAAAGUCGGGGAUAAUUCGCAAACUACAACCUCGAGUUCCAGCGACGUAACUCGGCUGGAAGAAGAUGCCGAUGCUGCUAUGGACAUUGAACCCGACAAUCCUCCUCAAUUAACGUCCACAGCGUGCCUAACGCCUCCGGAACCCUCCCCUUCCGAGCAGGGUGACAUCACCCUGGAUACCCGACUGGCUUCUUGGGGUGGCUCACUGAGCAGUUCGCAAACUCAGCCCUCGAAUACCCCCGAAGAACAAGGCGAAGAAGAUCAUCCUCGUAAACGACGAAAGCUUGAACAGAAGGAAAUUUCUCAAGAGGAUGGCGAAGACGACCCACGCGUUUCCAUUGCCUCCCGAACCGAAACCAAUUCACGGACUGGAUGUUCUACUAAUGGAAGUUCUCGUCGUCAGCCAGUGGCGAAGAAGUCCAACUUGUCCAUUUGGUCCCAGCUAUCUACGUUUGCUGCUCCUGGGUCACAACUACAGCGGUGCGAGUCGGAGGAAGCUGGAGACGUUCGUGAUGGCGAUGGAGACGAGGAGGUUGCAUCGGACUCUCCAAGAGGGUCGUCUAUAGAACCCACUCAAUUGGAGGAGACGCCACCUCCGGACGACUCUACUGUCGCCGUGGAGGAACCUCGACCAGAUACCGUCGCUCUUGGUGAGGAAGAAGAGGAGGAGGAAGAGGAGGAGGAAGUCCAAGAGGUGCAACUUCCCAAACAACAUCGAGAACCCUCAAUCUCCACUCGUCCCGAAUCCCCCGCCCCUUCUGGAACUCAAAGUUCGAUUGGUACCCGUCCUGAGAUCCUCAAACACACAGAUGCAAGCAGCGAUGUUUCUCUUCGGUUCGACAUUCAGAGAACCAGCGGUCAAUGGCAGCGGCUAGGGAACGCGCAGUCAAACUUUUUAUCCUCGGGCAAAGGAAGUUCACAGUCUGGAGGCCGCGACGAAUGGAAGCUAUCAAAAGACGCCAGUAUCUCCAACGCUGACGACUCCAAGGCGUCCGAUGCCCUCGCGAGGGUAAUUGAAAAAGGCGACUUUGCUUCUAUGGCGGUUAUUGGCCAGUUCAAUCUAGGAUUCAUCAUUGUUCAGCGAAAACAGCCGGGAUCCGAGGACAAACCUCCGAUGGACGAUUUGUUUAUUGUCGACCAGCACGCAGCCGAUGAGAAGUACAAUUUCGAGACCUUGCAAUUGACGACCAAGAUCCAGGCUCAGAAAUUGUUACGUCCCCGGCCCUUGGAGCUCACGGCGGGUGAUGAACUCCUUGCGAUAGAAAAUCUCGAAGUCCUUCGCAACAAUGGUUUCGAAGUCGAAAUGAUCGAGGAAAACAUGGACGGCGAAGAGACUCCUCGGUCGCAAGGCGGCCGAUUAAGGCUAACCGCACAACCCGUUAGCAAAUCCACAGUGUUUGAUAUGAAAGGUGGGAGACUCCGUGCCAUUCGACUGACUCUUAGCUGA